UCGAUCGAUCCUUUUCAAUUAAUUAGAGCGAUGACAAAGGGUGAGUCUAAUCCAUCAUCUCCCAUAUGGGAUGUAGAAAAUGGACAUUCUGCUGCUUCUUGUGCUGAUGAGAAGAAACUCAAAUUAUUUGGUUUUGAUCUGAAGCCAUAUUAUAAAAAGAUCAAGAACGAGAGCAAUCUGAAAGGCCAUGCGGAUGGAGAUUAUGAGAGUGUAAACUCAUCUUCAACAUCAGCUUCCUCUGGAAGAGAUCAGAAACCAGCUUCCAAGGAUGGAAGCUUAGCAGCCGGGGGCCCUGCAGAUGACAAUAAAAGAUUUGAGUGCCAAUAUUGUUUCAAGGAAUUCGCAAAUUCACAGGCAUUGGGAGGCCAUCAAAAUGCCCAUAAGAAGGAGAGGAUGAAGAAGAAGAGGUUGCAGCUUCAAGCCAGGAAGGCCAGCAGUAUCAACUGUUACCUACAACCUCUGAAAAACAACCUGCUGCAUGGUUUUGCAUCCAACGGUCCUAUCCCUUUGCUUUACGGUAGUACUCCCCCAUCCUGUAGUGCUACUCAUGAUCAUCAGUUCAAACUCUAUGAUCAUGAAUCUCAGAUUUGUUUCAAUCCCUUUGAUGAUCAUCAAGAUACCCUGCAUCUUAGAACUGGGUCAAGGUUAUCAAAGUGGUAUGCUGUACCUGCUGCUCACAUAUCUUUCCAACAAGAUUCACGUUCCUUCAGUUUAACACAUAGUACUGACAGAUCCGGAGAUCAGAACAGGCAUGCAGUUGUCUUUAAGCCUUCUUCUCCUUUAUCCUCUUCCCAGCAGAGUUUUAAAUCUCUGGAUCUUCAAUUAGGUCUAGGCAUUCAAUCAAAUAUACGAAGCUAGCUCCUUUAGAAGUACUGUCUUGUAAAUAUGUCAAUUUAUAUACACAGUAUAUUUAUGUAUAGGUUUUUACUCUUUAGUGCCAUGUCUUGAUCUCCAGUACUAGCUUGGAUUCUUUGAAAUCUUUCAUGUAAGUACUACAAAACCAUAUGAAACAUGAUCGUGAUCAUGUAUGGCUAGCUGCAUAUUAUUAUCUCAGCAUGAAUGUCAUAUUACCAAGAAACAUACAUGAGAU